UAAUAAUAUACAGUUUCAUAGGAACUGAUAUUGUAAGCUGCAGUAGCAGUAAAUUAUAAUGCGUCUAAAGGUUCGACCUAUGCCUGCUUAUGUUCGACUAACAUUGUUCUUACGUUUGUGUUAAAAUUUAGCGUUGGACACUAUUAUGUUUAUUGUCAGUCAUACAUACUUAAGUAUAUUUUUUCGGCAUUAUAUUUAUAAGCUUGUUACAUAUUGGAAUCAUCGUAUCUUAUUUACCCAGAUGUACAACAAUGAGUCAAUUUCCCGAAACCGAACAGACGAUAUUACGAAACCGCAGAUUCAGCACCUUGGACCACAGUGGGAAAAUGAAGCAACUUCGUCGGGCUGUCGUACUUCAAUCGCUGAAGCUCGCGGUCACGUAGAUUUAAUUUAUUUUAUUCAUGUAAUCGAUCGUGAUUAUUCGGAAUAAAUCUAUAUAUCCUUAAUUAUUGUAGUUUUAAAAAACACUCCUCCUGCGUCUAGCAACGUAACUAGCUCGUCCGAACAUAGCUUAAGUAAGGCACCUGAAGUAUAUAAAACAAAAACGUAUCUGUGACCACGUUCCGAAUAUGAUAACGAAAUUAUUUAUAAUCAUAACUAAUAUAGUAACAUAGUUCUAAUAUCUGUGGUUAUAGCAGAUACACACGACCAUGAUAUUAGUAGGUACUACGGAGUACCUACUAACUCCAUGUACAGUACACGACAUAACCGACGAUACGCAAUUAAAUACACAUUAAGUAUAGUCAUUGUUACUCUGAUCUCAUCAUUUCAGUUCAUUGGUAACAUCAUCAAAUCAUGGCCACGUCAAUUUUAAGCAUCCUCCUAUUUAGUAUCAUUUUUAAUGGUGUCAUGGGGGACUUAGCUCCCACCAACCUCUUAGCGACCCGCAUUGGGCCUUGCUACGCGAACCCCAGUAAAGAAGUCACCGUGUCAGAAAUGAGCCUCAAUACUAGGCUGUAUGAUUCGUCUUUGAGUGGGAUGAUGAAUAUCACCAACGACGUUGAAAACGGCUGGGUUGUUAAGGGAACCAUGCAGAAGUGCCAAGACAUACGCAACUUAGAUACUUGCGACUAUUUUAAAACUUUUACAAUUAUUUCAAAUGGAUGCGAUGAAGAAGAAGAGAACGAAGAACAGGAGAUUUACAGUAUGUUUUUCCACCACGUUCAUCCAAGGAUAACGUGCCCUAUAAAAGCAGGCAUCUACAAAAUAGUAAACUAUCCCAUAUUUACCGAAGACAACUACUUGAUCGUGGCAGAAUCCAAGAUAUCCACUAGUGUGUUUGGUUAUACUAUGCGAAUGGAAGGUUACGCUGAUACAACCAGGAUUCUGUGCGUCGAAGCCUACCUACAGCUCCUGUACAUUCGAGAGUAUGAAGAACGUGAUGAUAGUAGCCAAAAACCGACUGCGGAGCCUUCUAGUGAAGAAGAACGCGUAGCGAGUGAAGAAGAGGAAGGAGAGUGAACUACACACAGAUAUAUAAGCAUAUCUUGAAGUAUGUCUGUGGAACAACGAUAUUUU